GAGUGCCGCCGGGAUUGCAGGCAGGGGAGGUCGCGCAGCCGCUUCCGUGCUACUCGCGCUGUGAGCGUUCCAGGCUAGAGCCGAGUACGCGGGCCGGCCAUCAUGUCACGCUACGGGCGGUAUGGAGGAGAAACCAAGGUAUAUGUUGGUAACCUGGGAACUGGUGCUGGUAAAGGAGAGUUAGANAGGGCAUUCAGUUACUAUGGGCCCUUAAGAACUGUAUGGAUUGCCAGAAAUCCUCCAGGAUUCGCCUUUGUGGAAUUUGAAGACCCUAGAGAUGCAGAGGAUGCAGUUCGAGGAUUGGAUGGGAAAGUGAUUUGUGGUUCUCGAGUGAGGGUUGAACUAUCAACAGGCAUGCCUCGGAGAUCUCGUUUUGAUAGGCCACCUGCCCGACGUCCCUUUGAUCCUAAUGAUAGAUGCUAUGAGUGUGGUGAAAAGGGACAUUAUGCUUAUGAUUGUCAUCGCUAUAGCCGACGAAGAAGAAGCAGGUCACGAUCUAGAUCACAUUCCCGAUCCAGGGGAAGGCGGUACUCUCGCUCCCGCAGCAGGAGCCGAGGAAGGAGGUCAAGAUCAGCAUCUCCUCGACGAUCAAGGUCUGUGUCUCUUCGUAGAUCAAGAUCAGCUUCACUCAGAAGAUCUAGGUCUGGUUCUAUAAUAGGAUCGAGAUCCCGCUCAAGGUCGAGAUCAAGAUCCAGGUCUAUUUCACGACCAAGAAGCAGCCGAUCAAAAUCCAGAUCUCCAUCUCCUAAAAGAAGUCGUUCCCCAUCAGGAAGUCCACACAGAAGUGCAAGUCCAGAAAGAAUGGACUGAAGUUCUCAAGUUCACCCGUUAGGGAAAAGUUAUUUUGUUUACAUUAUUAUAAGGGAUUUGUUAUGUCUGUAAAGUGUAACCUAGGAAGGAUCAUCAACCAUCUAAUCAAAAUGGAUCUGGAUUAUUACUCUGUAAAAUUCACAGCAGUAAAUAUUGUUUUUGUUGAAUGUAUUAACAUCUUAUGGUCUGAAAAUGUGGGUUUUUAUUUGACACAUUUAAAUAAAAUGUUUCUAACUAGAUGUCUUGAUUUGUGUUCAAUAUUAAUACUUUUCAAUUGGGUAAGCAUCAGACAGGUAACAAUCAAGAAAAUUAUUGACCAUAUUUAUAUGGGCCUGUAUUCAGAGUUUAAUGGUGUUAGUUAAACAUCAUUAGCUUCUAUACGUAACANUGGCCAGGAUCUGAAAGGACUUUGAAAUUUUCAUUUUACUCUUGUACCUUUGGGUAAGAUGAUCUUUGAGUCCUCUUAAUAGCAUGAAUGCAUCGUGUCAGACCUCUAAAUUAACUGAGAAUUGGUGUUAACAAUUUGGAAUUGUCAAGCUUAGAGGGACCACUGAUAAGCCUACAUAUGGGUGCAUGACAGGAAAUAAGCAGUUACUGAAAUGUCAAGAAGUAGAAACUGAUUUCUAGAGGCNGAGAUUUUAGUAGUGGUGUAGUUUUUCAGACUAUUAAGUUGGGAUAAUUCUGCUCAAUGUACUUUUUUUUCCUUUCAAACAGCCAAUUUAAGACCAAAAAAUGCAUGUUUGAGGAAUUAUCUGAAUUUGGAACAAAACCUUGUAAANCAGCUUUGCAAAAUUAUCCAACCCCAAUACUCUGUUCUUUUGAAUGGAUUGCCUUAUCCUGUGCAAAAACCUGUUAAUAUCUGAGCUAGAUUUUGCAGUUACUGACAACAUUGUUCUAUUUUGCCAAGCUGGUAUAAAGAGAUGUCAAGCAAAAUGUUAACAAGACAAAGCAGUUUUGUAAACCUAAGUUACAUAUUAGCAUUUCAUGUAGCUAAGGAUUGUUAUGUUUUUGUUUUGGGGUUUUCCUCCUUUGGUAGUGUCUGGUAGACCUUAGAAUGGUGUAGCCAGGAGGUUCUUAUUCAGANUUUAAAUAUAUACUGNAUAAUAGGGCAGUAAUGGUCAUUUUCAAGUGUCUUUUGGACAAGCUUUUUACUAUNUUUCUUAGCCUUGGUGUAAAAACAAUAGCACAGGAAUCUGUCCUUGUCUAUUUUAGGCUUUUUCAUUGAAGUUGUCUGCCCCAAAUUUAUUUGGCUGAGUGGUCACUAGUAUGUUGAAAGUCAUUUGGGUUCUGUUUUUAGAAUUUGACUGGUUGAAUAAGUGGUUGGUAUGAAGCUAUGUGUAAUUGGCAGACACAUCUGUGCACUUGGUUAGNUUUAAUUGUUCUGUAUUCGAUAAAAAUUAACUUUGUUCAAUAAA